UACUUGGAUUCCUACGCUCGCCACUUCGAUCUCCUCCGAUUCGUCCGCUUCAACUCUAAGGUCGUCGCCGUCCGAUUCAUCGGCGAUGAUGCCGGCGACGGAAUCUCCGGCGAGUACGGUCCGCUGCUCCCCGGCCGGCCGGUCUGGGAGAUCUCUGUCCUCGACACUCGUUCUGAUACUAUUCAGUUAUAUGAGGUGGAGAUGGUGGUGAUGUGCAUCGGAAAGUACGGCGACAUCCCGAAGGUGCCGGAGUUCCCGAGUGGUAAAGGGCCGGAGAUAUUCACCGGCAAGGUGAUGCAUUCUCUGGAUUACUGUAAACUUGGGAAGGAAGAGGCAACUGAGCUUCUCAAGGGCAAGAGAGUUGCAGUCAUCGGCUACAAGAAAUCAGCCAUUGAUUUGGCUCUUGAAUGUGCCGAGGCAAAUCAAGGUGGAGAAGGGGAGGCAUGUACAAUGGUGGUGAGAGGAUUACACUGGACAGUGCCACAUUAUUGGGUGUGGGGAUUGCCAUUCUUCUUGUUCUUCUCCACAAGAUCUUCUCAGUUCCUCCAUGAAAGGCCCAACCAGAGCUUCCUCAAGACCCUUCUUUGUCUCUUCUUAUCUCCCAUGAGACACGUGGUUUCGAAGUUCAUAGAAUCGUAUCUGACGUGGAAAUUGCCGCUGGAAAAAUACGGGUUGAAGCCGGAGCACCCGUUCGUGGAGGACUACGCGUCGUGCCAGAUGGCCAUCAUGCCGGAGAACUUUUUCCGGGAAGCCGACGAGGGCAAAAUAGUCAUAAAAAGAGCGUCCAAGUGGUGCUUUUGGGGCGGAGGGAUCCAGUUCGACGACAGCUCCAGAUCGGAGUUCGACGUCGUCGUUUUCGCCACCGGCUUCGACGGCAAGAAAAAGCUCACUGACAUUUUUCCUCAGCCCUUCCGAAGUUUCCUUCACUAUCCCUCCGGCAUGAUGCCCUUGUACAGGGGCACGAUCAACCCAAUGAUUCCAAACAUGGCAUUCGUGGGGUACCUAGAGAGCGUGGCGAACCUGCACACGGCGGAGCUGCGGAGCAUAUGGGUGGCGCGGCUGGCCGAGGAGAAGUUCAAGCUGCCGGAGAGGCAGAAAAUGGUGGAGCAAAUAAACGAAGAGAUGGAGGUGAUGAAGAGAAGCACGAGGUUCUACAAAAGGCACUGCAUUUCCACUUACAGCAUCAACCACAGCGAUCAAAUCUGUGAGGAAAUGGGGUGGAGCCCUUGGAGGAAGAACAAUUGGUUCUCUGAAGCUUUCUCCCCUUAUGGCACCCAAGACUACAACAACAAAAAUUAA